UUUUCAAAAUAUUUUAUUCUCAUCUUUUUAAAUGUUUACUCACCUUUAAAAAUAACUUUUUUCCUGCUUUUGCAGAUAGAAACUUUCAAGUUUGGGUUUUAGCUUUUGGGAAUGAAGAUCCAUAUGGAGAUAUUCAGUACCCUUUUGAUUAAAUACAAUAGUGGAUUCAAGAGAUAUGCUAUUUUAAAAAAGCUUGUAAAAAAAUGUCGGCAAAAUAGUGGAAAUAGCCAAGAAUACUUUUUUUAAAUUAUUAUCCAUGAGCACAGUCAGUUCAGUCAGUGUGGCCUCAGUGUGGAGUUUUGGUCGUGUGUGUUUCUUCUGAUGUCACUACAGCCUUCAGGUGAUCACUGCCGGCCGGCCUCAGAAUAACUCAGCUAUAUGUGGCCUCGGUUAAUCCUUAAGACGAGCGCUGCAGAGCUCCCUCCCUGCCCGUCAGUGAAAGUCCAGCUCUGAGACGCAGCGGACUUUCCUCCUGAGAGCAGCAGGACAACAUGCAGAUUAACCACAACAGCCCUGAACACGGGACGCCUCCUCCGAGCUGGAUGUUCAGUGGCUGUGAGUGAACCAGGAGAGACCACCAUGAGCGCCGACACGGUCUGCAGGCCGGAGCUGGACUCGGAGCACCACGCCGAGCUGGCCGACUUGGUGGCAGCCAUGAACGUGGCCGCCAACCGUGUGACCCCACCUAAUGGCCACAGAUCCGGUCCCUCGAGGACCGCCAGCUCUCAGAGAGCUCGGCUCUCAGACAGGAAGAUGUCGCUGCAGGAGAGGGGGAGCCGCAUCGCCCGGCAGCCCACCAUCGAGACCAAACGUGUGUCCAUCACAGAUGCUGAUGAUUGUGUCCAGCUCAACCAGUACAAGCUGAACAAAGAGAUUGGAAAGGGAUCAUACGGAGUAGUGCGACUGGCUUACAAUGAAGAUUCUGAACAGUACUAUGCCAUGAAAGUUGUUUCGAAGAAGAAGCUGAUGAGGCAGUGUGGAUUUUUGCGCCGGCUGCCUCCUCAAGGAUCAAACUCGCAGCAGGAUCUCUUCCCUAAAGCCAUGUUCCCGCUGGAGAAAGUGUACAAGGAGAUCGCUAUCCUGAAGAAACUGGACCAUCAUAAUGUUGUGAAGCUGGUGGAGGUGCUUGAUGAUCCUGAUGAAGAUGGACUUCAUAUGGCCUUCGAACUGAUGACAAAGGGCCCUGUGAUGGAGGUGCCCACGAAUGAGCCUUUCACAGAGGAGCAGGCUCGCUUUUACUUCAGAGACGUCGUCCUGGGAAUAGAGUACUUGCACUACCACAAGAUCAUCCACAGGGACAUCAAACCCUCCAACCUGCUGCUCGGGGACGACGGUCACGUCAAGAUUGCAGACUUUGGAGUGAGCAACGAGUUCGAGGGGACGGACGCCCUCCUGUCGAGCACUGCGGGGACGCCGGCCUUCAUGGCCCCCGAGACGAUGACCGAACACGAGCAGAGCUUCAGUGGGAAGGCGUUAGACGUGUGGGCGAUGGGAGUCACGCUGUACUGUUUCGUCUUUGGGAAGUGUCCUUUUUAUGAUGAGUACAUCGUCUCCCUGCACAACAAGAUCAAGAACAAACCUGUGGAGUUUCCAGAGACGCCGUGGAUCAGCAACGAACUGACGGACCUCAUUAAAAGGAUGCUGGAUAAAAACCCUGAAACAAGAAUCACCGUCCCUGAGAUUAAGCUGCAUCCGUGGGUGACAGAAAAUGGCUCCAAUCCUCUUCCUCUGGAGGAGGAGCACUGCACGGCGGUGGAGGUCACUGAGGAGGAGGUGCAGAACAGCGUCAAACUCGUCACCAGCCUUUCCACUGUGAUUCUGGUGAAGUCCAUGCUGAGGAAGAGGUCUUUCAGUAAUCCCUUUGAGUGUCAGGCCAGACGGGCGGAGAGGUCCAUGUCUGCCCCUGGAGGUCUUCUUACUGGUGCUUGGGGCUUAUUGGGGUCUUCGCCUCAGCUUCAUCCUUCCUUGAGGAAAGUCAGCAACGAGGGGAGCAGAGACGGGGAGCUGGAGGACUUGUACGAAGACGAUACUUUUACAGAGUGUGCAGAUUAAACUGAUACAUAAUCACACAUU